AUGGCUCAGACGCAGCGGGGAAGAGUCACUCCGACAGAUGCGGCUUGCAUCGUCCCGCUGGUUGCCGACUUACUGGCUCUGCACGAUGCGGCACGUGAGUGCAACGGCGACGGCGGUGAUUUGGAGGCCUCGGCCAGGGCCGCUUUGGCUCGGUCUGCGCUGCCGCCGGCACCCGACGGCCUCCAGAUCGCACAGGCCCGCUUGAGCACCGCACUACUGCCAGAGCUCAUUGAAGGCUUGGACGACCGUUUGGAUUUGGCCCACAAUGGCUGCCCGCCCAGAAAGCGAGGAUACGAUCACUAUGUGAAGCUUUUGCCGAAUGCUGGUCGGGUCUUGGAGGCGGCCGCCGGAGUGACCGGAAUCCCGACUGAUCACCUUCUGGUGGCAGCUCUUGCCUCUGCUCUCAGCUCGGCGGCGAACCUCGCUCAGGUGAAGCUCAGCUUGAUUGUUCCGAUGCGCGAUGGUCCCGGUCAUGGUCAGGCAGUUGCCAACCUAGCCUCCACUCGGCAUCUGAGUGUGCGGCUGCGCGGCAGAUCCCUCAUCGACAUCGCGUUGGACCUGUCCAUGCGCUUCAGACGGAGAGACUGGCAAAUCAGCCAGCUGCUAGAUGAUGAUGGUGACAGGCUCUUCAUCAAUCUACGCAGUAUUCCGGUGUUCGAUGGUGCCUCUCCAGUCAUUGAGCCUCAGGAUACAACUCGCAGCCCUACGCGCUUCGUGAGGAAUAUCGUGGAGAUGUUCGCAGACCAGGAGACGCUUUACUCUUGGACUCUGUGGCUCGGCCUUCGCGAAGACGUUUGUGGCGAGGCCUUCAGCCGAGCCCUGAGGAGAGCGUUGUGGGGUCAAUCAGCCACGCUUGUCUCAUCUUGUCUCAUUCAGACUAACUUGCCGUGGCCCUUCGCCCAAUUGCACGACAGUGUCGGAGGACGUCGCUGCAAGAAUGCCAAUAAUAGAAGAGCCAGUGCAAGCCGUGAGCCACUGUCGCGACGCUUGAACGAGACUUUUCGAUGCUUAGCGGCUUUUUCACAGACUCCCGAAAAAAUGUUGAACGCCUCUGCGCUCAAAGAUCAUAAAGUCGGUGUGCCGUCAAAGCUGGUAGUUAGUAGGCCCACCUGUGGUGCACGCUUACGACGAAGGGCAGUCAUCCCCCUGGUGGUUGCACGAACUCUGUAA